UGUGUACAUAUCUAGUGUACGUAUCUACAAUAGAGAUUAAUAUCCAUUUUAUCUCCACAGACAUGAAUGGAGGACAUUUUUGAAAACUGUGUGUGUCACUGCUGAGUUCACAUUUGUGAAGAACCUGAAUAUCAGCAGCUGACGAGCUCCUCUCGUCAUUAUUACCUUGCGUCCAAAAGCAUCAUAGUCGCAGUCUGUCCAGGAUUUGUUGCUGUCAGCUGGACAGUCACUCCUCCUGGUGUUAAACUGCAUUUGUGGAGUUGCAUUUGAUGGACUACGGAUUGGGCUGGAGACUGAUGGCACCUAUUUAAAGGAAACCUUCUCCUUUUUCCUGGUUCCCAACCAGACUGUGCUGUGCUGUUCUGUGCUGUUUAGUGACUGUGCGCUGUGUUAAACCCUGUUUUGUAAAGAAUAUAAAAUAAACUCUAAAGAGCAGUCCUGGUAACCUGCGGGGGGUGGGGGGUGUUUCUGUUUCCCUUUUGACAUAUUUCUCUUCUUUAUGUGUAGGGAGGUAGGUAAGAGGACUAUAUUUUCUUUUGUUCUUUGGUUUGGUUAGGUAAGUGAGUGUUAUAGUAGAUGUGGUAGUUGUUUUGUUUGUUGUUCUUGCCAUGAUCUUCCUGAUAUCUGUCUUUUACCCAGGUUGCUGAUUAUAUGUAUUUCUGCUUGGACUGCAUCAGCUGUGGCACUGGACAUCCUUGGGAGUGGGAUAAAGGGGGAGUCAUAUUUAUGCUAUACUCAGGUUUCCACUAGGUGGGGUGCAACACAACCAUUCACAAAAAAAAAAAACUACAGUACGCCUUCAGGCACUAUGCACUUUCAUAUAUCAUAGGAAUAUCAGUUUGCAGUCUUUUUUCUUUAAGACCUUAUAAGGGGUCUUGAUGACUGUACUCCAACACAAAGCAGGUCAGGUGAAUAUACAGAUAGCCCCAUCCUUUCUGCAGUCACUGUACCUUGCUGGCUGUCAGUAUCUGAAAGAGGGCCAGCUUAUUUCCGGCGUUCAACCUCUCGUUGAACUUGUUCACUGCGCUGCUGACGGCCUUCUCUACAGAUGGGUCGUCACAGAAGAUCAGGACUCCGGGCUGGACCUCUACUGGCCCCUGGAAGACAAGAAUUACAACGAAACUGAGCUGUGGAGGCACAGCAGGCCCAGCACACACAGCCCCACUCCGCUUCUCAUUGUCUGAUCUGAAGGAUAUUUGGCUCUGCUCUGCUAAAAGGAAAUGGCAAAUAUUACAACAGUCGAUGAACACUUGGUGACCACAGUGUAUCAACUUAAUUUUAUGCAGGUGGAGGCCUGCUGUUGAUCCUGCUGGGCUUGAAGAGGAAAAACUUGACUCCUCUUCACAAAGGGUUGGACGACUAAGUGAAGUUCUCCUGAAACCACAUGAUGCUAAGGGGUCCCACAGGUGAAUGGUUUCUUUUUUUCCUGGCUGCUAUUAUUCCCGGUCUCCACCUCCAGAGAAAUGGCAGCUCCAUCCAGCCUGCCUCUAACUCUGAGCCUCCCUCUAAGGCUCAGAUCUACCAGCCGGUCUUUCAGCCCUCUGAGGCCAUUCCUCCAAUAGGGACCUACAUGCUGAAAAACGCUGUUGGGAAUCCCUGCAUCAAAGCCACCAUGGGAGUAGAGUACAUUGUCAUCGAAAAGAAGAAAAGUUGGUAUUUCAACCUGGACCCCUCCAGGGUCAGCAUCAGUGGUUACUGCAGCAAAGAAACUGCUGUACUUUCUCUCACACUGCCAGCCAACGCUGCCAGUCUGCAGCUCUUUUUCAAAAAGGAAAAUAAUCUUUUUUACGUCACCAAGCUGACUGCCCAUGUGUCACCUCUGCCUGUCUGCCAAGGAUGUGCCAAUAAAACUUAUUCAGGUUUGGUAGACCAUGAGAAGCUGUUCACAGCAGCUAAUGGACAGAGCUUCAACUGUAAAUCUGAGAAUCUGCUUCUGAUGUCGCCGGCGCUGCGGAUCAAGCUGGUUCCUCUGCAGAUGCAGGCCUUCACUCUGCCCAAAGGACAGUAUGGAAAAGAGGUGGAGUGUUGGGCCGACUAUAACAAGCGGGUUAUUCCCAUCGUCAUCGGGGCCACUGUGGUUUGUCUCAUUCUGAUCGCUGUGCUGACCUUCCUGUUCAUCAAAGACAGACGCAGACAAGGAUAUGACAGGAUCUGAGUUAUUUUCAAAACUAGAAUAUAGAUUUAUUCCAUCUCAAAGAAUAUUUCAUACUGUUACAAAAAGUUCUCACUUUUUUGCUCAUGGCACCUUUUUGCUUCUUAUAAUAAAAAAAGAGAUCUAAUGAUAUUUAAACUAUAGAUGCAAACAAUGCUUUUACAUUUAUUUGUUUGACAAUUCUUUCUUUAUUAUUAUUGUUAUUAUUAUUAUUAUUAUUUUAUCUCUCUCUCUCUUUGUACCCAAGUUACC